AUGCAGUUCAAGUCCACUUUCUCCCGCCUCGCCGCGUUUGCGCUGUUCAUGCUCUCAUUCAGCAUGCUCACGUGCGCUGCUCCCGCUCCUGCUCCCGCCGCCCUUGCGGUCGCUGGGACUAGCAAACCGAGCAACAUGCUCGUCGCUCGCACCGAUGUGAGCGACCAGUGCCACCAAGCGCUGCUCGACCUCGAUGUCAAGCUCGAUGUCGAUAUUGACCUCCUCAACAAAUGCUAUGACACUAAGGACUGCGACUGCAAGCCCAUCGUUGCCAAGAUCGUCGCCGACAUCCAAGUGUGCAUCGACAUCAUCGCCAAGCUCACCGGCACCAUCGAUGUCAAGUUGAGCGUGAUUGUCCAGCUAGUCGUCAACAUCAUCGUCAAAAUCGCAACUGCAUGCGGCAAGUGGGUUGUCAAGCUUGGCCUCACCGUCUACCUCGAGAUCUUCGUCUCCAUCGAUGUCAUCCUUGUCGCUCUGGUCAACGUCUUGGUCAAGCUGUCUGUGUCCAUUAUCCUCAACAUCAAGCUUGCCUUGUUACUCAACGUUACUUUGUUGCUCACUGCUCACUUGACCGCCUUGAUCAAGCUGUUGGGCCUCUAA